GCCGUCAACGCCAUGGAUUACAUAAACAGAAAGGGCAAGUUUUCCCUAAACGUCCAAGCUGUGUGCGACCACAAAUACAGAUUCAUGGAUGUGGUCAUAAAAUGGCCUGGAAGUGUCCACGAUGCGCGUGUCUUCGCCAAUUCCAAAGUGAACACCUACUUCAAGACUGGGAAGAUACCUUCACUCGAAAAGCAGAUUGUGGAUGGAGAGCAGCCCAUACCCAUCUUUAUUUUGGGUGAUCCUGCCUACCCCCUUCUCCCUUACCUUAUGAAAGAGUACUCAAAUGGAGGCUCUACCCCAUCAGAACAGUACUUUGGACUUUGUUUGUGUAAGGCCCGUAUGGUGAUCGAAUGUGCAAUUGGUCGGCUAAAGGCCAGGUUUGCAGCCCUGAGGCGGCCCAUGGACAUAAAUCUCCUUGACCUGCCAAGUGUUAUUUACGCUUGCUUUGUGCUCCACAACACUACUGUGAGUCCUGUAACGACACUGUGGAUCACCAUGUUGAGCAGGAAGCCAUAG